UGACGAACAAUUGUACCAUGUUAUCCAGUUCACGUUGGGGAUCCGCAUUCGUCUGUUUUCUCGCGUUGGCGUGUAGCAGUAGCUACCGCACACAGGCGUUCAUCGUUCCGUCCGGGACGUCGUCGCGCGUUUCGGUCGCCGUGCGCAGCUUGCCUCCACCCCGAGACAUUGCCUACGGUGAAGAAUCGCGCAAAUACCGUCGGACCGUGUACACACACGACGACUGGGUCAAUCACCGUUCACCUGAUCGUUUCUGGCGCAACAUUAUCGCCAUGCCGACUUCCGGAGUGUACAAGAACUUGGCCAAGGAGUGCAUCGCCACCACGGCAGUUGCCACGGCUAUCGUCGUGUACAAUGCCCUCGUAGGGGGAUACACCGACUUUGGGGGAGUGCAACACGCUGCCGUUUUACAAAACGAACUAUUGCCCAAAAUUGGAAUGCCCGUGUCACCUUUUACCGUCUCGGGAUCCUUUUUGGGCUUUUUGCUCAUUUUCCGGACCAACUCUUCGUACAAGCGUUGGGACGAAGCACGUAAGAACUGGGGAAUGAAUAUUAACCACACGCGCGAUCUCGUCCGCAUGGGGACCGCCUUUUACGACAAGACGGGAGUGACCGAUGAACAGCGCAAGAAGGAUCUGCAAGCCCUGAGUCUCGCUACCUGGAGUUUCGUCCGCGCCAUGAAGCGGCACCUUUCCCCCGAACAAGAAGACGAGCAAGACUUCCGCCGGGAACUCCACGAACGCCUGCCACCCCGCCAGGCCCAAGCCAUUAUCGACGCCGCUCACCGCCCCAACCGAGCCCUCUUUGACCUUUCCGUUGCCAUUGAGAAUCUGCCCAUGCACUUUAUGCGAAAAAAUGAAAUCCACAACGCUGCCACCAUUUUCGAAGACAACCUCGGUAGCAGCGAACGUCUCUUGACGUCGCCCAUUCCUCUCUUUUACGCUCGUCACACGGCCCGCUUCCUCGGAGUCUGGUUACUCCUCAUGCCAUUUUGCCUCUACGACCCCUUUGCGGGUUCGUGGAACCACGUUGGAAUGAUCCCAGCCACCGCCUUGAUUUCCAUCUUUUUGUUCGGCAUUGAAGAACUCGCCACGUCCAUGGAAGAACCCUUUACGAUUCUUCCCAUGCAGGCCUUCUGC